AUGGUUUCUGCGGUAAGCAAUAUAACAGAAUCAUCUGUUGUCAACUCCACCACUCCGGAGUCUUCAAUAAAUAUGACUAAACCACCUCCAAUUAGUACCUCAAAUAAAAUAAAACACCACCCUCCUAAAGAUGAUAAACCUUUGCCAAUAACACCAAAUCGUGAUGAACACAAAACUGAAGACAAAGGGACUAGCACUUCAUCCAAGGGAGAACCAUCAUCUGUAACGAAUACAAAUUCUCAAAAAACAGAAUCAGCUAAUAAAGAAGCUAAAAAUGGCAGUGAAUCACCAAGCGAGGAUGAUACUGAAUACAGAUUAAUUGCUAAGAGAUUGUUUGAUGAAGAAUUUGUUUCGAUCAAGCCUCAAGAGUACACUCAAUUUUUAGCAGCUGGUGAUCGUGACUCCACUAAAAUUAGAAAUUACUACAUGAAUUUAUUUACAUGGCCACCAAACCUUUUAAAGUCCACAAGAAUGCUUUGCUCGAAGUUAUAUUUGAAAGGAGAAUCUCAAGAAAUUGACCGUAUUUUGUCGUCAUUCACCAAAUCAUAUUUGAAGCAACAUCCCAAGAAUGUGUUUUGCACCAAGAAUUUUGAACAAAUUUAUAUCAUCAUAUAUUCUUUAAUAUUGUUAAAUACGGCAUUACACAAUCUGGAAUUGAACAAAAAGUCUCGUAUCAGUCAAUCUGAUUUCAUUAGAAAUACUUUUACUACAUUUGUCCAACAAAAUGAAAAAUUGCUGAAGUCUUUGAGUGUGAAGCAAAAAAUUGCUAUUGAAAAUGAAUUGUCAAAUUUUUAUGAGGAUUUAUCUAAGAAUGAAUUGCAUUUGAAAACUGCUGAUGAAGCUGGCUCUUCAUCAAUUAGUCAAUCUCAACAUCAUCACAGUCAUCACAAUCAUCAUCACCACCACCACCAUCAUAAUGACCAUGGCCAUCACAACAAUACUCUUGGCAAUAGGUUGUCCAAGGCCAGUCAAGAUUCAGCAGCAACAGAAACGACUAAUGCUAGCACAAAUAGUCCAAUUACACCAGCUAAUGAGUCAAAUAAUGAAGAUGGUGCUGUUUUGACACGUCAGCAGUCAGCUUCCUCAAUAUGGUCUACUGAUACCACUAAUCGUAGAUCAUCUUUGGCAAUGAAGAGAUACACCACCACCACAUCAGAGAUAUCGAAUUUCAAUGCAACAGCCCAGAAUCCAAAUCGCCUGCCAGUACAAAGAGUUGGUAUGGCAAGGGCUUUGGUUGGACACCAACGUCAGCAACAAUUCCAAUCAGAAAAAUCCUCAAUGUAUAAAAAUGGCAAUCCGUCGUUGUAUUCUCAAGCUUCAGCUGUACCACAAUUGAAGAAUCGUCCUUCAUACGAUCAAAUGAAGAGUUUAAAUAAACGCUCUUCACGUCAGUCUGUUAUAUCAAAGGAUUCUAGCCACAAUGAUGAUGAUAUGAUUUCGGUGUUGUCAUUUGAUACUAUGAAUUUGCCAAUGCAUGAUGAAUCGGACUCCCAACGUUUCAACCAACAAAUGGAGGAUUUCAAUGUUGAUGAUUAUCAGGAUAAAUAUGAUUUAACCUUAGAAUUGCAAGGAUCACCGUAUUUGAAAGAAGGGUUGUUGAAAUUGAAAAUUUUAAACAAUGAUUCAGUUGAUGAAAUAGAUGGCAACUCUAAUCCCUCGGCAUCAUCUACACCAGCUAAUCACGGCAAGUUCUUGUCAUUUUUCAGUAGACCAGCUAAUUCCAGUUCUUCUACUUCUAACAUGAACAAUCACAAAUUUACUGAAAAUUUUGUGGUUAUAAGUAAAGGAGAAUUGUCAUUGUACUCAUUUGAUCCAAAAGUUAUCAAAAAGUUCAAGAAGAGAAAUGGCCACCAACAACAACAAACUGAACCCGAUGACGAUGACAUUGUUGGCGAUGGUAAUUGGUUGAAAAACGCUGCCAAGAUUGGUACCUACAAUUUAUGCUCUACUUAUGCUGAUUUAGAAAAGACAACUUCUCAAGGUAAAGUUUUAUGGUCAUUAACAUUCCCCAAAACUUCGAAACGUCAACCCAAAAAAUUUAUAUUUGAGGCUGGUACCAAAGAGGUUGCUUUGGAGUUUAUAAAUACUUGUAACUUCUGGGCUGCCAAAAUAACUGCUAUUCCAACAUUGGAAGAAAGUGUAAGCUCAUUAGAAUAUGGAUGGACCAAUUUGGACUAUAUUAUUGCUCAUCGCGAGUCAUUUAAAAAGUCCAGAAACAUAAUGAAAUAUGAACCCGUCGUCAAGGGGGUAUAUUUGUCCAACUAUAUUGUUAAUAGUGAAGAAACCAAUCAUUUGGGUAUGAUGAGACAAUUUGUUAAAACUUCAAACUAUUAUAACCAAUUGAAGAAAUUGUAUAACGAAUUCACUGAAAUGAGGCAGAAGUUUUUGAUCAAUUUACCUAAAUGUCAUUUCAAUUGUUCAAAUCAUAGCAAAAUCUUGUCUAAUUAUGACACCAAGAUCAAUGACUAUAAUUUGGAAAUGAAAAAAUAUAAGAAUUAUUUGAUUAUUCUUGGGUUUGGGUUACAAUUGAGAUUUGAUUUAGAAGAGCAAGAUAGACAACAACAAUAUGAUACAUCUUUAGAAAAUGAAGAUGUUGAUGAUGAUGAUGAAGGUGAAGAAGAUUAUGAAACUAUUGGUGAAACUUUAGCAACCACUGAUAGAGCAAGCAGUGCUGGAGCUAAAAGUAAUGAUACAUCUUACCAAGAUGAUGAGUUGACGAAAUUGGUUAAAUUUGAGAUCAAAAAGUUAUUUUUCAAUAUGAAAGAUAUCUCAAAAGUGAUUCCAACUUUCCGAUCACUGAAAUCAAUUAAAAACUUGGCUGAUUUGGCUCAAGAUAUUGACAACAAGUUGGUUAAAUCACCAAAGACAUUUACUUUAGCAAAUUAUAAUGAUAAUGAGAGCCCAAUCAACCAAUUACUUGCUACCACUAACGCCAAUCCUACCGUGAAAUCCAGUUCAAUGAUAAUGGAACUGUCAAUCGCUGAAGAACCAGAAGAUGCUGAAGAUAGUGAAACCACUAGAAGAAGCAGUAAGGUUAAUAACUCAAAAGAUCAUUCACCUGCUACAAGUAUAAGUAGUAGUAUUAAAAAACCAAAUUUAAAGAUUGCUAAUUCAGAAGUAUCAGCAUUGGUAAUUUAA